UUCUCGAUUGUGAUGGCCCUAAAAUAUCGUGGAGAUGCCGUACUAGGUGGUCUAUAUUCUGGGGUUAAUACAAAGCAUAUAAUCCCGACGAGCAAAAUGGUAGAAGAGUACAGUGGGCUAAAGCUGCAGCCACAUAAGGCCAUUGUUGGAGCUAAUAAAUUUUCUCAUGAGAGUGGCAUCCAUCAGGAUGGAGUGUUAAAGAACAGAGACACAUGUGAGUUUGUAUCCCCUGAAGAUGUUGUGUUUCAUCGUGCUACUGAACACGGUAUUAGUCUGGGAAGACUCAGUGGGCGCCAUGCAUUGAAAUCCAAAAUGCUUGAGAAAAUUACAGAGGAAGACCUAAGAGCACUUGUAUCUGAUAAAGGUUUCCAGUCUCAAGUUGCUUGACAACUUGAAAAUGUCAGUACAGCAAAUGAAAUUAUUUAUCUGA